GUAGUGGCUAGUGAGCAGUAAUAGAACAAAGUGGAAAAAGUUUCUCUGUGGUUUCUGCUUGACAAAUGUCACAGGAAGUUACUGUCCACAUUGUGAUGAAGAUGCACUGUAUCAUUUCCUCUCAAUCUCUACCUCUGUGAACACUGAGUGGCUAGCAUGGCAACCCUCAUCCUGUUAAUUCUGAUACUGAAUAAGGGUGUCCUAGGUGCUCCACUGUCUGGCCCACAGGAAGUGAGCGUUGUUGCGGGUGGUACUGCUCUUAUCUCAUGCCAUUACCACUCAUUUUACCAUGACUAUGUGAAAUACUGGUGUAAGGGGUACUACUGGAAUCAUUGCACAAUAUUGAUAAAAACAAAUGAGGCUGAUCACAUGAAAGAGAAAAUGCAGAUAGCAGAUGACAAACUCCACGGGACAUUUACCAUCAGUAUGAAGAAUGUCGGUAUGGAGGACAGUGGAUGGUACUGGUGUGCCAUUAAAAGAGUCAGCAAGCAUCAAAAAAUUGCUGUGAUGUUAACUAUAAUUGCAGGCACUCCAUACCAGUCUCCAAUAAUUUCAAGAACAAGUCCACUGCCUUCUCCGGUGAAGGUGACCACAAGCUUUCCACAGACGUCUUUAUUUUUACCAUCUACAACGAAUGAACACAAACAAGCACCAAGCAGCCCUACCGGUUUGACAAGCACAGGAGAAAGUGCAACCUACGAACCUCAAAAUCUGGUCUGGAGUGUGUGGAGCAUCACACGUUGGAUUCUCUUCCUUGGCCUCUCUCUUUACCUCUUUUGCUUUACAGCAUAUUGUCACUUUAGACGCAACAGGCCAAGUUCACAUAUGAAACCAAAUGCAUCAAGUCGCAGGUUAUCUUAUGAGGUGGCUGCAGCGCAGCAGCAUGCCCAGUGUUGCACACAGCGUGGCUGGAAGAAUUCAAAAGGGGGUGUUCAGUUUGAGACACAUAGGAAACAGUCAAAAAAAGUGUGAAAAAAAAACCCGAAAACUAAAUUUAACCUGAUCCUUGAUCAUGGAGGCCAUUUUGUUACAAGAACAAUAACAAAAAGCAUUGAUACUCAAUCUUUUUAUUGCUCUGGAGGCAGUUGUAACUUUCUACUCUAUAUGCACCCUUCAGGCUUACGUUUGAUCUGCCAUCUUGUCAAGCUUCCUGAAGGUGACAGAGUUGCCAAAGGACUCUAUAGUUGCAAUGCUUGGAUUUCCACUAGCAUUUAUUAUGACCUUCACCGCUCCGCAGGAAGGUCAUAUAGUGCUUGUCAAAGUUCAUUUUUUCAUCUGUUUAUUUUUGUAGUAAUAUUUGAUUGAGUCAUGAUUGUAGCCCCACAUGGCUGAUACGGAAUAUACAGUUUUUGUCCCUAGGUGGGCGAGUCCCUUCGUGCUAGCGCCCCCCUGAAAUGGGGCAGGGUCAAAUCAUGUUUCACCUCUAGGAGGUACAUAACCCUAUCUCAUUAUGAUUCAUUUGUGGAGUAGCACCAUCUAGUGAAUAAUGGUCAAUGCAAAAAUCUACCACUUCACUAGCCUAUAUCGUGUGAUCUUGUGAUAUCUUGUAAAAGUUCAAAGUUCAAGAAAUUGACACACUGCUUCGCUACCACAAUUUUUGGCCGCACACCAAAUAUCAUGAAUUUUCUCGAUA